GUCUGGGAGGGAUCACCACGGGGAUGAUCACCACGCGAAACUGACCUCAUUCGCUCUUGAUGAACACUCAAGCGAUCCUAUCUUCGGACCGUGCAGGGUAACUGGAAUCGGCUAGGUGCAUCACAUUGGCACCUGCCGUGUAGCUCAUGCACCGUGUAUCACAGCGAUUUGCACAGGGGUAUCUCGGCUCUCUUAAGUCUUCCAGCGCUUGGGGGAAGCAGACAUUUUCUAUCAGACCAGCGCUGCCCCAUCUUGCGAACGCUAUGCGAAGCGCGGACUCAAAGCGCCGCGCUUUUGCUGCAGAAACCCAGCGACGGUUCAUGACAGGUGCACGGAAAACGGACUUGUCAUUUCACAGUGUGUUCAACAUCAGAAAAACGUCCCCAGCCCUCGCGCCAACGAUGACGCGCAUACAUUCGUGCCUCCUUCCCCAGGUACAUGGCGACUCGUGAAUCCUUCUGCUUAGGCCCCGAUUGGAACGGUCUAUGCCUCCUACAUACACUCAUCUCUCCGAGCUCUCCGAGUCUAGAAGACGGCUAUAGAGCGCCAAUGAUCAGGGCCCCGAUUAACGUCUCAAUCAGUGCCGAACAGCACCCUAUCUGUGUCAAGAGACAGAGGUCCUUCCCAGCGACCAAGGACGGCCACCACUGCAAUACACAUACCACGCACGUCGUUCGGCUCUGGUCUCGGACCUGUCAAGACUGAAGUUCUUAUUCCUGUCAGCCACCUGUCGCACGGCGAGACGGCUCUGGGUACGACUCAAACUACGGUCCUUCCAGUCAAAGUGAAAACAAGUGAUCGGCCAUGAGAAGACUAGCCAACUAUAAAAUGAGAUCAAACACUAUUUCUUUUUCUUCACUGUCUCUCU